CAAAAGAAACAAAGGAAACAAAAAAAAAAAAAAGACGCACAAAUCAGAAAAUAGAAAAAAAAAAUCAAAAUCGUAACUUUUUUCUUCAAUGUCUUGCUCCGUUGCGAUCGCGGCGAGCUCGCCGGCGUCGACCUUCUCCCCUUCUCACCACCGCCUCCCUCUCACGUGCAAGACCAACUCCCCCGAAACCCUAACCCUAGCGUCCCCUUCCUCCCCGUCGCCCAUCAAAUCCCCCUUCAAGUCCUCUCGAUUCAACCGCGGCCCCAGCGUCCUCUUCAAGUCCUCGCCGUCUCCAACGCCGCCGUCCCCGUCGCCGUCGCCGAAUUGUUCGUCGGCGAACGGUUCGGGGCCGCCUUUAAAGCGGAAAAGGCCGGCGAGGAUCGAUAUCCCGAUGAUGGAUGCUUUGAACUUCGUGCCGAUUGGAUCGGAUGGUCGGAAGGAGGUUGAGAUGGAUGGCGCGAGGUGUUCAGUUUAUUGUAAGAGGGGGAGGAAGAGGUUGGAGAUGGAGGAUCGGUUCAAGGCUGACCUAGAUGUCGACGGAGAUCCCCAGUUGGCUUUCUUUGGCAUUUUUGAUGGCCAUGGAGGUACCCAAGCUGCAGAAUUCGCCUCCAAAAACAUGGGGAAGAACAUUAUAUCUGAAGUGAUGAGGGAAGAAGGGGACAUAGAAAAGGCAGUUGCCGAUGGAUAUGCGAAGACUGAUUCAGAGUUCUUGAAGCAAGAAGCUUUAAGUGGAUCUUGCUGUGUCACUGCUUUCGUAAAGAAGGGUGAUCUUGUUGUCUCCAAUGCUGGUGAUUGCCGAGCUGUUUUGAGUGUUUCAGGUGCUGCUGAGGCCCUCACUUCUGAUCACAGGCCAUCGAGAGAUGAUGAAAGAGAAAGAAUCGAGAGCCUCGGUGGCUUUGUUGAUUUUGCCAGAGGAUUGUGGAGAUUGCAAGGCACCCUAGCUGUUUCAAGAGGAAUUGGGGAUUCACAUCUAAAGCAAUGGGUUGUGCCAAACCCAGAAACAAGAAUCCUUACAAUUAAACCUGAAUUCGAGUUCUUAGUUCUUGCCUCUGAUGGAUUAUGGGAUAAGGUUAGCAACCAGGAGGCCGUAGAUACAGCUCGACCCUUGUGCAUAGAUUCUCAAAGUUCGUCGCUACUUUCUGCUUGCAAGAAACUUGCUGAUCUCUCUGCUAGUCGAGGCUCUAAUGAUGAUAUCAGUGUAAUGAUAAUUCAAUUGAAGCAUUUCGUUUGAAGGCGUAAAUCACGGCAUUCUCAGAAUAAAAUGAUGACAAAUAGUAUGAUUUUCAGAAUAAUAUAAAUUACUUCCCCGCAAGUGCUUUUUUUUGUUGAACUUGCGGUUCGUUCAUAAAUAGAUUUUCUCAGCUCUUUUUCACAGAUUUUGUUUAGGGAUGAUACUAUUUACUGACUUCUCCUAUCAAGCAGACAGUGUUUAGUCUAUAAGCUGCUUUUGGCUGUAAUACUUUCUCAUUUUGAUUAAUAAGAGAAAUUCAUAUAAA